AUGGGUCUCUUCAUCCUCGAGCCCAAAUCCGCCGCCCACGUGCCGGGCACGGUACUGCUGGACCAGCAGGCUGCACACUCGGAAGCAGUGACGGCGAGGUUGAAGCACGGCCGAGGCACGAACUCGCAUAUCGUGCUGGCGCCGCAACCGUCCGAGGAUCCCAACGACCCUCUAAACUGGAGCCCGAUGAAGAAGUUGCGCGUCCUGGUCGUCACGUACUUUGGCGUCAUCAUCCAUGGCGUGGUCCCAAACCCAAUCCUGAACGCCGGAAUUGUGCAGAUCGCCACGGAGCUGCACCGGCCCGUGACCGACAUUGCCUUGCUCUCGGGCUAUGAACUGCUGGCUACGGGGGCCACGGGCCCGUUCGCGUCGGCCUUUGCGCGCAAGUACGGCAAACGGCCGGCGUACCUUCUGGCGUCCAUCAUCGGCACGGUCGGGGUGAUCGUGGGCGAGACGGCCACGGGAUACAGCACGCUCCUGGCGGCGCGGGUGAUCCAGGGCAUCGCGGUAGCGGCGUACGAGGCGCUGGGCAUCGCGACCAUCGGCGACCUGUACUUUGUGCACGAGCGCGGGUACCGCGUGGCGGUGAUCCUGUUCAUCCUCAGCUCGUGCUCCAACUUUGUGUCCAUCGUGGCCGGGGUCAUCACCACCAAUCUGGGCUGGCACUACAACUUCCACCUCAUGCUGCCCUUUGCCGCGCUGCAGACGGUGCUGUUCGUGCUGUUCGCCCCGGAGACCAUGUUCCGCCGUAAGCCCAUCUACGACCUCGACACCGUCGGCUCGUCCGAAGACCUGCAGCAGCUGGCCGAGAAGGAGGCCAAGGCCCAGAGGAGUGCCCGACACGUGGAGAAGACUGGUCUCCAUGACCCAGAGGACCAAGAUACCACCACCACCGCCACCAAUCCCACCACCAAUACCUCGACCGCGGUGGAAACGGAAACAGAAAAGACCCUAACACACACCACCACGAUCGAGUCGAUCCAACCGAAAAAGACCUGGCUGCAGGAAAUGGCCGUGUACAACGGCUCGUUCGUCGACGACUCGAUGCUCAAGAUGGUCGUGGCCUGCGUCGCCAUCCUGUUCAAUGUCGGCGCCUUCUGGCAGACGGUGAGCACGGGGCUCGUCACGGCCUGGUACGUCGCCGUGGCCAUCCUGUCGGGCGUGCUGUUCGCCGGACCCCCUUACCUGCUCUCGUCGGCCGAGAUCGGCUACACGUCGGUCGGCCCGUUCAUCGGCGGCCUGCUGGGCUCGACCGUGUGCUUCGUCAUCUCGUCGCCGCUGCUGAAGUGGCUGACGCGCCGGAACAAGGGCAUCUACGAGCCCGAGUUCUGUCUGGUGCCCGUCAUCCCGGGCGCCCUGGUCGCCAUUGCCGGCUUCCUGGGCCUGGGCUACAGUCUGCAGAACCAGCAGAACGUCUACGUCGUGUGUUUCACCUGGGGCGUCAUCCUGUUCGGCAUCACCUUCAUCGUCACUUUUGCCUCGCAGUACACGCUCGACGCUUUCCGGAAUAACAGUACCGAGAUCUUUAUCAUGAAUAUGGUCUUUAAGAAUUUCUUUUUUUAUGGGCUCACAAACUACAUCAUUCAAUGGUACACGUCCGGCGGCCCCGUCCAAGUCUUCGGUACCCUGUCCGGCAUCACGGCGUUUGUCUGCCUGCUCUUGAUCCCGCUGUACGUGUACGGCAAGCGCUAUCGCAGUUUCUGGCACCACUACAACAUGCUCCGCAUCCUUCGGCUGGAGACCGACCAUUUGGGUGCAGAUGGUGGUCACUGA